AUGGAUAGUAGAAAGGACGGGUUAAUGAGGACCGAGGGUGGUCACACUGGCACACUGGGCUGUAAUUUCUCCGAAGUUUCUGACGACCAUCAAGAUAAGGCGUCUCGCCGAAACGGCACUAUCCCGGACUGUUUUCCUUAUUCACGGGACCGAGUACACCAGACGAGGGAGGAUGCGCAGAGCGGCACUUUCAAGGAAAUGAGACACACAAGUAAGCCGUGUGCGCAGAAGCAAGAGCUCCCAGAUCUCCCGAAGAGAGAAGCGAGCAGCUCCGAGGCGGAAUCAGACUUCUAUGACGGAACUGAUGCGAGUUGCACCCCUGAACGCAUGGAUUAUCACAAUGCACAAGGACGCGAGUCUCCGAGUCCCAGCACAGAGAGCACAGUAGAUGACGUGAAGGUGAACACAUGCCCCGGGGGCCUCUCAUACGGCUCGGAUCAGAUGCGACGCUACCGCACAGCUUUCACCAGGGAGCAGAUAGCUCGACUUGAAAAGGAAUUUUACAGGGAGAAUUACGUGUCCCGUCCACGCAGAUGUGAACUGGCAGCCGCCUUAAAUCUGCCUGAAACUACAAUCAAGGUCUGGUUCCAGAACCGGCGUAUGAAGGACAAAAGACAACGGCUGGCUAUGACUUGGCCUCACCCAGCCGACCCAGCAUUUUACAGCUACAUGGUGAGCCACACGGGGAACCUGCCGUAUUCGUUUUCUUCCCAUCUCCCUGUGGCCUACUACUCCCCCCUGGGUGGUAUGGCAGGGGGUUCAGGAACAGGAGCUUCAGCUCCUGCGUUUGCUAACCCUUUGCGCUCACUGGACACUUUCAGGCUUCUUUCUCAUCCAUAUCCGCGUCCCGAGCUGCUUUGCGCGUUUCGACACCCGUCGCUGUACGCAAGCGCAGGUCACGUCCUGGGUCCCGGGAGCGCGUGCUCGUGUCUUGCUUGUCAAUCAAACGGGACUGCUCAGAGGACGCAGACAAACGCAGACAUCACAUGCUCGUCCACCAGCAGAGAUGAUACAUUCCUUAUGUUCUCGCCGGCCUUUCUCAGCAAGUCACCGUCUGUUUCUGUUGAUCAGAGGGAGCAAGUACCGUUGACCAGAUAA